UUGGUUGAGGCCAAAAAAGAAGAAAAAAAAUGUGAAACAAAGAUCAGACUUCAUCCAAUUAUUACAAAAAUCUAUUAUCAGUCUUGAGCAGUUCAAUUCAUCUAUUGAAUUACUAAAAUUUGAGGACUGAUCAUAGAUAGUUCUAGAGAAAAUCAAUUUGAGGAGUGUUAAAUUGAAUGAAAUAUGGAAGGAAAGUGAGAGAAGAAAUCGACCUCAUCAAAAGGUGUUGUAUUCAUUAAAGUUUCACGUUGGUAUAUUUAAAAUUAAUUUUUUGUAAGGUAUAUUCUUCUAAAUGUUCUUUUUGUUUCUAGACUUCUCUCCAGACUCCACUUCCACUUCAGCGUUUAAUAGUUUAAAGUUUCCACCUCAUGCAUGUGUUAUGUGUACAUAUUUCUAUACAUUCUUAUUUUUAAGUAAACUAUAUAUCUUGUAAAAUAGUAACUUUUAUAAUUAAGAGUAAGUUGGUUUAACAAUAAAUUGAAUAUACGUUUUUUAAUUAAAAUGGUAGUGAAUUGAUUAGUUUAAGAAUAGAACCAAAACCAAGCUUAAUUAAGUUAGAUUGAUUCCUCACGUUUCAACAGGAAAUCUUAGGUUCUUGGCCUCACGCAUACUUUUCCUUGACUCUUUCAAAAAAAGACAACCUUUGACAAAUCGCUCAUAAAUUGCAUUUAAUUUUACAUAGAUAAUUGUACUCACUGUCACAUGCAUGUUCACAAUAUCUUGACUAUAUAAUUACAUUUAUAAAUACUAGCCUAUGUGAUCAAGAAUUGGUGUACCAAGAUUGUUCUCUCAGGUGAGUAAACAACAGAAAAAAAAAAUGGCGAGGAAAGGGAAAGAAGUGUUGAACGCUUUGGACGCGGCCAAAACGCAGAUGUACCAUUUCACAGCGAUUGUAAUCGCGGGUAUGGGUUUUUUCACUGAUGCUUACGAUCUUUUCAGCAUCUCUCUCGUCACCAAGCUCCUCGGCCGCAUAUACUACCACGUUGAUGGCUCCAAGAAGCCUGGAACGCUCCCCCCAAAUGUUGCUGCCGCUGUUAAUGGUGUGGCUUUCUGCGGGACCCUCGCUGGCCAGCUCUUCUUCGGUUGGCUCGGUGACAAGCUCGGCCGCAAGAAAGUUUACGGUAUUACCUUGAUGGUCAUGGUACUAUGUUCACUCGGGUCUGGUCUAUCAUUCGGUCACUCAGCUAACGGAGUAAUGGCCACACUUUGUUUCUUCCGGUUCUGGCUUGGUUUCGGCAUAGGCGGCGACUACCCUCUCUCCGCCACUAUCAUGUCGGAAUACGCCAACAAGAAGACACGUGGCGCGUUCAUAGCAGCCGUCUUUGCUAUGCAAGGCUUCGGAAUCUUAGCCGGAGGAAUCGUGUCUCUCAUCGUCUCGAGUGCAUUCGACCAUGCGUUCGACGCACCCACCUACGAAGUUGAUCCGGUUGGGUCCACUGUUCCUCAGGCGGAUUACGUGUGGCGGAUUGUGCUCAUGUUUGGAGCUAUUCCGGCGUUACUUACUUAUUAUUGGCGGAUGAAGAUGCCGGAAACUGCUCGGUAUACCGCUCUUGUUGCCCGGAAUACCAAACAAGCCGCCUCCGAUAUGUCUAAGGUGCUUCAAGUGGAUCUAAUUGCAGAAGAAGAAGCACAACCAAAUCAGUCAUCUUCAUCAAACCCUAAUUCCUCCUUCGGCUUAUUCUCCAGAGAAUUCGCUCGCCGUCACGGCCUCCACCUUCUCGGAACAACCACCACGUGGUUCCUCCUCGACAUCGCCUAUUACAGCAGCAACCUCUUCCAAAAAGACAUCUACACCGCAAUCGGAUGGAUUCCCGCCGCCGAAACAAUGAACGCAAUCCACGAAGUCUUCACCGUCUCCAAAGCUCAAACCCUAAUCGCUCUUUGCGGCACCGUCCCUGGUUACUGGUUCACCGUCGCAUUCAUCGAUAUACUCGGUCGAUUCUUCAUCCAAUUGAUGGGAUUUAUCUUCAUGAUGAUCUUUAUGUUCGCUUUAGCGAUUCCUUAUGAUCAUUGGAGACAUAGAGAGAAUCGAAUUGGUUUUUUGAUUAUGUAUUCGUUGACGAUGUUUUUCGCGAAUUUUGGACCCAAUGCGACGACGUUUGUUGUUCCUGCUGAGAUAUUUCCGGCGAGGUUGAGAUCGACUUGUCAUGGGAUAUCGGCGGCUUCUGGUAAGGCGGGAGCGAUUGUUGGAGCUUUUGGGUUUCUUUACGCGGCGCAGAGUUCGGAUUCGGAGAAGACUGAUGCUGGUUAUCCUCCUGGGAUUGGUGUUAGGAAUUCGUUGUUGAUGCUUGGUUGUGUUAAUUUCUUUGGGAUUGUUUUUACUCUGUUAGUUCCGGAAUCGAAAGGGAAGUCUUUGGAAGAGAUUUCGAGAGAAGAUGAGGAACAGAGCGGCGGAGAUGCGGUGGUGGAGAUGACUGCAGCAAAUUCCGGUAGAACAGUUCCGGUGUGAUUCUUUUUUUGUGAUACGCAUUUUGUAAUUUUGAUAUAUGAAAGUCCUUUGAAUAAAGAUGUUAGACACUACUUAAACAGUUUUGCUGGAAUUCAGAUAAACAUGUUUUGCUGGAAUUCUUGCCGCCAAAAUACUCUGUGAAUUGGAAAGUAUUGUCACUUUUAAGGAUACAA